UUGCCUUUUAAAACGCAGCGCUCGCAUUGAUAAUAUUCACGAGCAUAAAUAUAUAAAUUGAAUUCGGCGUUAUCUUAUCUCACGUGCCCAAAGAGUGAACAGUCACAUUCAGAGCAAAGAAUGAGGACAGGUGAUGGGGAGAGUUGAUUGUUGUUAUAAGGGGUUUGUAUGCGCGGCACGUUGCAGUUUUAAUUUUUUUGGCUGGGUCAAGCUAAGAACCGCUGCGAAUCUAGGACCCGGAGGACCCCCCUCACUUCCACUCCCACACCUAAAGCCCCUCUCGGCCCUCCUCGUGCUGCAAAGCUCAUUGUUCCGAGACAGAUCGCGAGGCGGAGGGGGCCGACGGCGACUGCCAAAUCGUAUUCAGACCUGAGCUCUGUCCCAUUCAUUCACACUCAUGCAGGGGUUUGCAACAAAGAAGCUACCGGGGAAAUCAGCGACAGCUUUAAGCAAAUAGUAUUUGGCACUGAAAUAGUGAUGCUGAACAUAUAACGCGAGGCAACGUCUGUGUUAGCGACAUACGGGGGAAAGAGGAUAAAAUAAGACAUUGUCUUGAGAAACAUUUCUUUGUAUGGCUUUGAAAUAAGCAACUUGCCUUUAUUCGGCAUUGCUUUUUUAUUUAGGCUUCGCACGCGUGUAUUGCUUGCAUACUUGAUUUAAUUCAUUCCACGAUUCGUGUCUCAAGCAUCCGACAGCGGUGGUGGUGGCGGCGGCUUCUUAGCAGCUGUACAAGUUCUGUGGCGAGGAUGUUUCCCCGACAAUCCCCUGGCCAGUACCCACUGGCGAUGUUAUUUACGUUGGCUGCUCUGGGAGUGACUUGGCGACCGGCAACGGCGGGUCGAAGUUGCACUGAGAGUAGACAGGUGUACGCAGAAAAAGGGUACAACCUUAACACAGCCCCGCUGACGCAGAUCUCAGGUGAGCACCUGCGGCUGUGUCCCCAGGAUUAUACCUGCUGCUCCAGUGUCAUGGAAGAGGUGCUGGCCCGCAAGAGUGAGGUCGACUUCCUGUCUGCUAUCGAUGACACAAGCCAGUUCCUGCUAACCACCUUCACCCAAAGGCAUCGCAAAUUUGAUGAAUUCUUCCGAGAGCUGAUUGACCUGGCGGAGAAGUCAAUGAAUCAGAUGUUCACCAAGACGUACGGCAAACUGUACACUCAGAAUGCGCGUGUCUUCCAGGACCUGUUUGUCGAUCUGCGGCGCUACUACACCGGGGGCAACGUGAGCUUAGGGGAGGUUCUGGCCGAGUUCUGGUCCCACCUGGUGGAGAGGGUGUUCUCAUUGGUGAACCCGCAGUACCAGUUCAGUGAGGAGUACCUGGAGUGCGUCAGCAAGCACGCAGAGCAGCUGCAGCCAUUCGGGGACCUGCCCCGCAAGCUGCGCAUACAGGUGUCGAGGGCAUUCAUCGCUUCCAGAGCACUGGUACAGGGUCUGGCCACCGGUCGGGACAUUGUCAGCAAGGCAGCCAAGCUGAGUGCGGGCGGGGAGUGCGUUCGGGCGCUGAUGCGCCAGUGGUACUGCCCCCUGUGCCGCGGGACGCCCUCCUUGCGACCCUGCCGCGGCUUCUGCCUCAACGUGAUGAAGGGCUGCCUGGCCAAUCAGGCCGACCUGGACUCGGAGUGGAACAACUUCAUUGACGCUCUGGUGCAGGUUUCAGAGAAGCUGGAGGGCCCCUUCAACAUGGAGCUGGCGACCGACUCCAUCUCAGUGAAGGUGUCCGAAGCCAUCAUGCACAUGCAGGAGAACAGCGUCACGACCUCCACUAAGGUGUUCCAGGGCUGCGGCAGCCCCCGGCCCGCCCCGGGGAGGUCUCGACGCUCGCCCAGGGAGCAGGGGGGCAACAGGAGGCCCUUCCGCACCUACAGCCCCGAGGAGAAGCCCACCACGGCCACCGGGACCAACCUGGACCGCUUGGUUUCGGACCUGAAGGAGCGCCUUCGGCCCAUGAGAGGGUUCUGGGUGUCGCUCCCGUACACGAUCUGCAACGAUGACAAGAUGGCCGCCGACCUCACCAACGAAGACCGGUGCUGGAAUGGACAGACGAGAGGAAGGUACUUACCAGAUGUGACAGGGGAUGGGCUGGUCAGCCAGAUAAAUAAUCCAGAGGUGGAGGUGGACAUUGCCCGGCCAGAUGUGCGCAUUCGACAGCUUAUUAUGGAGCUCCGCGUCGCCACCAACAGGCUGAGACACGCACAAACCGGACAGGACACUGACUUCAUAGACAGUGAGGAGGGCAGUGGAUCAGGGGGUGGGGCUGGAGGAGAGAGGUACAAUGAUGACGGGCCGGGCUAUGGGCCAUACUCUCCGCCCUACGGCAAGACCCCACGUAACCCGUCCGGCCCAAACAAGCCUCCUCGGAUCAGGGACAGAACCGGUCCGAAGUGGACCCGGCCAAACCAGGGUCACGGUGGCCCUGUGAAAUCAGGGGUCUGCCGGCCAACUGCCUGCGUGGCCACUCUCCUGUUACUGACCGCUUUUGCCGCCCCCCUGUGGAGAUAGUCCGCUACUGCACCAUCAAUUUGGUUGAGAUAUGAGAUGGGUUAAUAUUUAUGACUCAUUGUUUUUUUUUUUUUUUUUUUUUUGCAGGAGAGUGAUACGCUAAUGUGAUCUGUUUGUUUGGUUGUCUGGGAGACAACAUGUUAGGGGAAGUGAAAUAGGACGGACAGAGGCCUCGCUGUCCAUUUCAGCACCUGGCCUGCCUUGCUGGCGACAGCUGUAUGUGUAACUGAGAUGUAUUCAUGGACUGACUGCCAGUUACAUGGGGGUGAAUAGCCCAGUCACAUGGGGGUGAAUAGUUUUCUGUGGGCUUGUCUCAUUCUGUAGUGAGGUAUACAGUCUGUACAGUCACCAGAUGGGGAGAAUCACCAAUGUAAUCUAAAGUUAGGGAACGGUUCUGUCCUGAUGUGGGACCAGACCUGUGAGGUGGGCGGCCAAUCGGAUAUCGCCUGAAUCUGAAAUUCUCUGGAAUUGUUCCAUCACAGUUUCACUGAGAUUAGGUAUUUUUAAUAUAAGGAGGAGGAACAGAAAUGAAAAAAGGUUGACAAAAUAGUAAAUUAGAAAUGGAAUACAUCAGUGAAUGCAUACAUCUUAGAUUUAUUGUUUCCUAGGGUAGGGGGGAAAAUUGAUUUAGAAGAUGAAAAAUCUGGCUUAAUUUAUCUCACUGUAAACCUGAAAUCCUAUCUGUGACAGCACUUUCAGCAUCAAAUUUCAGAGAUGCUUUUUGUUAUAGGUUAAUGACCAAAAUGUGAAUGCAUGCACAUUCUAAUUUUCAAAGCCCCCUUUGAUUUUGUUUUAAGUUAUUCACAGCUGUUUGGCUGUGUCUGUCAAAACUAAUAACAUUCAUUAAAUCUGUGAAGUUCUGAAAUCAGGUAAAAUCUUGAUAACCAGCCCAUAGGAGCACCAUAAGCAAUCAACUAUCAACCAUUUUGUAGGAGCACCAAGUUUAUAGACUAGCAUAAAAAUAAUUUUCAAACAGUGUCUUGUGAUUUUAUGCACCUCUUCCAUUUAAUCUACAACAUGGAAUGAUCUUGAUUGGUCAGUGACAGUGUAUUUAUUCUUAAUAAUCUUUGUAUUGUUGGAUUAGCUCUAUUUUAUUGGUCGGAGGGAUUUAUAUUAUGUAUUUUUUUUGUUGUUGUUGUUGCUGUGACUCGCUGAGCAAUAAGAUAAACUCUGACCUCUCGCCUUGUAAAUCAGGUGUUAGGCUUAAAAUGCCAUUUGGUCCAACCCCCAGAAAGGCUUCCACUUGUCAGGGUUUCCUGUGCUCCUGUCUGACAAAAUCUCAGGGUGCUUUCAUAUGUGAUCGUAGUAAUAAAAAUCACCUUUGAAAGAAAUGUUCAGAUAGCAUAUGCAGCCUGCCACUGUUUCUUGAGGAUUUUGGUUUAAUGGAAAAUACUGUAGCAAGCACAGUUGUGGGAGGGGGAGCGUUGGGAAUGCGAAAUGAUUUUCCGUUAUUUAAGCUUUAGUUGUUGUUCUUGACCCUUGUA